AUGUUGAUUGCUACUAGUAUAACUGGUGAAGGGCCAUCAUUAGUUGUUGCUAAUCCAAACAUUUACCCCCUGGAUAAACUUAUUUCUGGCAUAUGUGAUCAUGGCUCUACAUGGCUUCCAUUUCUUUUUUAUUCCUUUAUCUUUAUUUUUUUCUCUCUCUCCUUUUUCUGUCUUUCUCCACCCCUUUUUCUCCACCCCUUUUUCUCCACCCCUUUUUCUUGUCUCCCCUUUUUCUUGUCUCCCCUUUUUCUUGUCUCCCCUUUUUCUUGUCUCUCUUUUUUUUUCUGCAUUUUCUUUCCUCUCUCUCUUUCCCCUCUCUCUCUUUCCCCCUCUCUCUUUUUCCUCUCUCUUUCCCCUCUCUCUCUUUCCCCUCUCUUUCCCCUCUCUCUCUUUCCCCCUCUCUCUCUUUCCCCCUCUCUCUCUUUCCCCCUCUCUCUCCCCCCUCUCUCUUUCCCCUCUCCCCCUCUCUCUUUUCCCCCCCUCUCUCUUUCCCCCUCUCUUUGUUGUCUCUCUCUUUCCCCCUCUCUCUUUCCCCCCUCCUCCCCCCCCUCUUCUUUCCCCCCUCUCUCUUUCCCCCCUCUCUCUUUCCCCCCUCUCUCUUUCCCCCUCUCUCUCUUCCCCCUCUCUCUUCCCCCCCUCUCUCUUUCCCCCCCCUCUCUCUUUCCCCCCCUCUCUUUCCCCCCCUCUCUCUCUUUUUCUCUCUUUUUUCUCUCUCUCUCUCUCUCUCUCUCUUUUUUUAAAUUGCCAUGA